GGGGUGGGCGUGUAUGAGACUAGAAGGAGGAGGUCAAAUGUGUUGCUAGGUUUUGGAAGCGUGAGGUUAGCUGUUAGACAGGUGAGAUAUUGGACUUGGUACGUUGGACUAACUCGAUAUUAUAAAGACUGCAUUAGAUUCACAUCCGGUGUGAAUACCUACGAAUUGUUAUUGUUUCUAUUCCAUUGUGCCUCGUAUUGAUCCCGGCUCACUCGAUCACAGCUAGCCGUAGUGCUGUAAGUUAGCUCUCUGCUCAGACAUUAGCAAAAGCGACAGAGUUAGUUAGAUGGGACAGAACUAAACCUUUAAUGGUUUAGUAUGAUGCCUCUCAGUGGUCCGUCUCAGUGGAUCGUUGGGUACUUCGUGUUUCGACGUUUUUCUAGCAGCGCUGUUAUCUAAACCCUGCUCUUUGAACCCGGUCAUCAUGUUUCACACCAUGCCCAGGCGGCCCAUGUGUGAAAUGGGAAUAAAAGCAGUGAGGCUUCAACGUACUUGUGCACUUAGAACGAAUGCGAGCCAGGAGCAUGCGAGUCCCGCCGGUACGGUGUGGCUGGGCCGAGGCCUGGGUCUGCUGCUGACAUGUCUGCAGAGAGCUGGGCUCUGUGUGCGGGAGGUCUCCCGUCCGGGCAGGAAGAAGCAAGGCCUGCUGUCCCUAUUUGCCAAUCACUGUAGCUUUGUAACGGGUCAGAGGCUCAGACGGGCUUAUCAGAUCGGCGAGCUUUACUCGAACCUGUACUCCGAGCGGACCAGGUGGACCCUUGUAGGCAACAUAUGGCGGCGGUUUCAGAACAAGCAGGCCCCAGUGGGGAGGCUCGUAGCCGCCCUGGCCGGGGUCUUCAUGUGGGAGAACGAGAAGAUCGAGGAUGAGGAAAUCACCAGGUGUGGGCUCGAGCUGCGAUCCCUCGACUCCAUGAAGAGAAGGAACUCCUUGCCGGUGGAGGAGGCUGGGGAGGUAGAGGCUGGCUGGGAGUCCGUGGUGGAGAAGAAGGAAUUCAAAGUGUGGAAAAGACCUAUUCCUGACAGUCAUCUCUAUGAAUACAGAGUGUUGGCCUCAUACAAUGACGUCACGCCAAGACAGUUCUUCAAUGUUCAGUUGGACACGGAGUACCGGAAGACCUGGGACGCGCUGGUGAUCAAGCUGGAGGUGGUGGACCGCGACGCCAACACGGGCUCCGAGGUGGUGCACUGGGCCACGCACUUCCCUUACCCCAUGUACUCCAGAGAUUACGUGUACGUGCGCCGCUAUGAUGUCGACUGGGAGAACAACUUGAUGAUCCUCGUUUCCAGGGCCGUAGCCCACCCGCGGGCCCCCGAGACCCAGCAGUUUGUGAGGGUCCAUUCCUACCAGUCCAAGAUGGUCAUCCGUCCUCACAAGUCUUUUGACGAGAAUGGGUUUGAUUAUCUACUGACCUACAGCGACGACCCCCAGACUGUGUUCCCCCGCUACUGUGUGAGCUGGAUGGUGUCCAGUGGCAUGCCUGACUUCCUUGACAAGCUGCACACGGCGGCGCUGAAGGCCAAGAACCUGGAGGUGGGGAUCCACGACUACACCAGCAGGCUGAAGCCCAAGGACGCCGGCCGGCAGCCCAGCCCGGAGCGCCUCGCCGGGGAGAGCGCCCCGGGCCCCAUCUACGCCUGAUGUGGAGGUCACUGCAUUGGGGGGAGGGGGCAAGAGGAGAGGGGGGACACGCACUAGGAACACAAACAUAAACCUAGUUACAACAGGUUCAUCCAUUCAGUCUGUUGAACGGUGGAGGGGGGGGGGGGGAGAGAGAAAGAUGGAAAUAGGAUGCGUACGUAGAAGACACAUCUGUCAUCCACUGACCUUCCCCCCCCCCCUCCCCUCCUCCUACAUUGGAUAAAUCCAGUCGUCAUGGAAACAAGUGGUCAGCAAAAAAAUUCAUCUAUUUAUUUUUUCUUCCCUCUUGGGCAUCACAAACCGGUUGUUUCGGAAAGGUUUCUUUGCAGAACGUCCGCCUGGAAACUGCCGUUGCUUAGUCUGGCGACGAAGGCCGGGGGACUAUGCAGGUUGACUGGUGCUAAAGCGAUGCGUUGCUGCAGCGGCUGAGUGAGGCUGAGCCAAAACAUGCUCCACGCAGAGACACUGUUGCCAAAGCGCUGCUUUUUUUUAACGCGGUCCCGCUCAAGUCUCGUGUCUCAUUAGCCAUACCCAUUGACAUUCACGGCAGACAUCGUUUUCACCGUUCACAUGCCGCUACUUGCGCUCAUGUCGGCUUAGCUGUUGCUCACCAUGGAUCAUUUGUUGUUGUUAUUUCAAAAUGAGUCUUCAAUGGCUGCUUGUUGAAAGUUGUUGCCUAAAUCGUUUGCCAGCCCAACAGAUAUUGAUAUAUGUAAAGCAAAUGGAUGGAUCCAAAUGAUGUCGGUGAAACUGGACUUCUGCAUGUGUCGACCGCUACAAUUGACACAUCCAGCUUUUACUGGAUGUGUGUGACGCUGAAUCUAUUGGUCAGGGGGACAACAUGCCCACAGUUUGUCUUCCAUGGAAUGAACCAUGUGAAGCUUCGACCCACCGCCGACCCCCUCUGUGAGCGCGGAGUGCUGAUCUCAUCCGUCCCACAUUAUCUGUUUGUGUUUUUUAUUGUUAUGUUUUUUGUUUUUUUUUAAAGACGGGUUUCUCCAACAGCUUUGUAAAUCUGGCCAGUCCUCAAGCAGACGCACUCCUCAGAUAUCUUGGUACGCCCCAUAAACUAAAUGCUCUCGAACGGCACACAUCCCAUCUCCCCCUGUCCUAUGAGUCCAUAUAUUACUGUUUGUGGUCCAUCUGCAGAGACAUGCAGCGGCUUUUAUGUGUCGUCAAUUCAACCAAGCAGUUGGUCGAACAGAUAUUAUUGUUUUUAUUCCUUGUUGAAGACCAUAUACAUCCACAACUGGUGGCCUGACUUGAGUUAGCCGAUGUGAUUAAGAAUUCCUUUUCCUAGGUUGUCAUUUAUUUUUUGUAUUUCAUGUAAUACUGGACUCGACCAUCAAGGCUCUGGUUGUACCCAGGUGUGUGUCUAUGUGUGUGUGUGUGUGCGUGGGGUUGAUUUUUAAAUGUAACACGCAUGCUGUAGGAAGUCAAGUGCUCAAUUGGACUAUUAUUUACUCAAUACUGCCUGACAAACGUCAAAUGUCACCAAGAACAUUUAAAAUUUGAUGCAGAGUGGGUUGUUUGUGUACGGGAUCAUAAUGGACGAGUUAAGGCUUUGGAUAACUACUGGGUUAGGUACUAACUUAGUUACUACUACUAACCCCACGAUGUCACAGCCAUAUUGAACUGUUUUCAGCAAAUUGCGAGUAGUGUUUUAACAAUACGUUUGCCAAUGUCAAUUUAUUAAGACAUGCCCAAUACGUUUUGAAGUAUGGGGAAUAUAUGUAGUGCGGGAAAAGGAAGUGACUAUCUAUUAUCAUUAGGCUAUAGGCCUUUAUCGCAGAGGUGUAUAGGAUUUGUGAACACAGGUGUAUCCCAGAAUUAUUAUCUCAUUAAGUUGAUGAGCUACACCUGGGUUCACCCUACUAUGACACUGGGACUCUUGGCUUGAGGGGUUCAAUGGUGGAGCCAUGAGAUGGAUGUACUAACAUAGAAAUUAAAAGGUAUUCAUUGAUAAGGAAUAUUCAACUUGAACAUUAACAUCUUCCAGGUCAUUUCUAGACGUGUGUGUGCCACAGAUUCUCAAAGAGUUUUGUUUGUGAAGAGAUUCAACCUUGUGUUGUGAUUAAUUAUUGUUAAAGCUUCUAAUGAUUGUAUAAUGCAUUCUAUAUACAUAAAAACAGAAAUGGGCGGUUCACUGGCAUGGUUCCCUUGUAAUCCUGUGAUUUGGAGAAAUAUUGAAAUUGAACAUCUUAUCGUUUCAAAUAAACAGACCUUCAAGUGUA